CUCUGACUACGCUAUCUUCCUGAAACGCGCUUUGCAACAUGUCUCAACGUGAUCGCUUGGCUACUCCACCUCCACCACCCUUGGUAUCACCGCAAUCCUCAUCGUCGGUUUGUUUCCGAUUGCCGCGCAGAGUCGCCUCAAAAUCCAAAAUCGGUUCUGUCGAUGACAUCGCGGUUAAUCUCAAUAGGGUUCUUGCCCUAUCUUGGCUAGACUCGGAGUUUGUGGUUGAGGCUCUGAGGAGAGAACGCCAAGAAUUUGCGGAGGAGUUGCAGCGCCGCAAAAUUCGCACUUUAAUGUCUAUGCGGGUUCUAGGAAAGGCUCUAAUGCACAAUAAAGCAUGGGUUGCCUUUCCCAGAGGUUUCAACAUUCAAAGACUGGUGCUUUUGUUCAAAUCAAUCAACCGUCUUCAAAAAUGA